AUGGGGCAAUGUACUCCAAAAUGUAUCAAACCAAGCAUUUCAUCUAAUUCGAUCAAUAAUGCUAAACAAACGACAAUCUCUUCUGAAAGUUUAGUUAUAACACCAACAAGCAACAAUAACAAUUCUACAAGGUCAUCACGAAUCCGCAUUGUUCAAAAUUUCGUACUUCUCUGGUUAGAUUCGAAUAUCAAUGAGUCCAAUGAAGAUUUUAAACAUUCACUUACUCAACUUCGACGAAUCGUCAAUACAAUCAAUACAUUUAUUGAUUCUGAUCAAUGUAUCAAUUUUCUCACUCAAAUCAAAGAUGAAAAAGUAUUCAUGAUUGUAUCCGGUUCAUUUAGCCAAACAAUAGUACCGCAAAUACAUGAUCUAUCACAACUUGAUUCAAUUUAUGUAUUUUGUGAAAACAAAUCAAAAUAUGAACAAUUGACAAAAGAAUGGACAAAAAUAAAAGGUAUUUUUACUCAGAUCGAGCUAAUUUGUAUUACACUCAAGCAAGAUACUCAACAAUGUGAUCGUGAUUCUGUCGCAAUUAGUGUUACAACUAAAAAUUUGGAUCGUCUUGAACCAUCAUUUAUGUAUACACAAUUGCUUAAAAAAUUGCUUCUCGAAAUGGAAUAUGAUAAUAAGGUAAAGAAAGAACUUUGUGAAUUUUGUCGUAAACAAUACUCUCAUAAUUUCUAUGAAUUACAAAUAAUCGAUGAUUUUGAACAAAAUUAUAACGAUCACACACCUAUCUGGUGGUAUACUCGCGAAUGUUUUACUUAUCAAAUGCUUAAUCGAGCACUUCGUAUACAAGAUGUAGAAGUUAUUAUUAAGAUGGGCUUUUUCUUACGUGAUGUUCAUCAACAUAUUGGACAACUACAUUCGCAAAUGAAAGAUCAAGGUCUCUUCACUGUUUAUCGAGGUAAAAGUAUGCCGAAUGAUGAUUUUAAUGAGAUUAAACAAAAGGAAGGUGGUCUAUUGGCUUUUAAUACAUUUUUAUCCACAAGUCUCAAUGAAACAGUUUCAUUACAAUUUGCUCAGAAAUCAUUACACAAACCAGGAUUAGUGGGUGUUCUCUUUCAAAUUACUGUUGAUCCAUCCAUUCAAUCAAUUCCAUUCGCUUCAAUUGCAUCGUCAAAUCAAACAAAUUGCAGAUCGCGAAAUUAUACAGAAGCACUCGAGUUCUAUCAAAAAUCACUUGAAAUUCGAGAAAAAUGUCUCCCUUCAAAUCAUCCGGAUUUGGCUGCUACUUACAAUGGUAUCGGUUUAAUACAUGACAACAUGGGUGAAUACGCAAAAGCACUCGAAUUUUAUCAAAAAUCACUUGACAUCCAACAAACAUCUAUUUCUUCAAAUCAACCCAAAUUAGCUGAAACUUAUAACAACAUUGGUGCGGUGUAUUUACACUUAGGAGAUAUUUGGAAAGCACUCGAGUUUUACCAAAACUCACUUGAAAUUAGUCCAACAUAUCUUCCACCAAAUCAUCCAGAUAUGGCUAGUAUCUAUAACAAUAUUGCUCAAGUGUAUCAUCGCAUACAAGAAUAUCCUAAAGCGCUCGAAUUCUAUCAAAAAUCACUUGAAAUUCGACAAAAAUCUCUUCCUGAGAAUCAUCCAGAUUUGGCUAUUCUCUAUACCAACAUCGGAUCUUGA